UGUGCUUCUUCGCUGCUCGCUCUCUGCAUCUGCGGACUGACGUUCGAAGCCUCUCGGCGAUUAGCGCGGGUACUUCUCGAGAGCACCUUUCGAGUCGGCGAAAGAGUUCCGCCUCGGCCGCCGCCCUCCCUCGGAGCACCUCGACGGCCGGCGAGCAUGUCCGCGCCGAAGAAGCCGGGCAGCCGGCGUGCGGGGCGACGCGAGCCGCGAGACUCCGCGCCGCCGGCCGACUCCGGCGAGACUUCGGCGACGCCUGCCGCGCACGGCGCCGCUGGAGGCUCGGCGCCUGGGCGUCGUCGUCGGGCGUCGAGUGCCGUCGCGGCUACCAGGACGGCGCUGGCCGCCGCUGCAUGCCGGGACGACGGCGUGGCCGCCGAAGGAGCCUCGCCACGACGGGCCGACCGGUCGACGUUCGCUGCGAGUCGCCGCCGACGCGCCGCUGCCGACGCUCCAGCCCGACCUGUGCCGGCAACCAGGAGGCUGCUGGCCGACCCGCCUCCAGCCGCCGAGCCAAGGACCGCAGGCACAGCGGUAACAACGCCGUCCCAAUGCGGCGACACCUUGGCGCCUCGGGCAGCUUCCAAAGUCAAGCGGGCCGCAGCGUCGUCGAAGUCGCCGCAGGCGGGUCCGGGUGCAUCGUCUCGCCGGAGCGGGCCCCCCUCCGUCGAGGCUGCCUGCGAGAGCAGCAGCACGGCCGCGGCACAGCUGCACGAUGGCUCGCCGCGCCGUGCCUCCGUGUCCGCGGAACGGCAGCUGCCUCGUGUUGCAAAGCGCGGCGCCCCGGUCAAAACGAGUCGGAGUGUCCUCACACACACCCCGAGGACACGGAGGGUUCUCGAGCCGUCCCCGGCAGCAGCUGCUCCGAGCGUCUCCGCUCGAGUCUCGUCCGCAUUGCGCACCGCCAUGGACGCCGUUUUCCACCGGAGGCCGCCGGUCCACGGCGGGGCACCGAGCGGCGUGCCGCUGCGGCAGGCGAGCGCAACGCGCGUGCUGCCCAGACCGGCGGCGCCCAAGCCGCAAGACGCGUGCCCCGCGACACGCCGCUCCUCCGAACGCGCCUUACUGCGACCUUCUGCUGAAGCGAACGAAGACGCUUUAUAUUACCGUACUCUGUUCGUAGUCACCGGGAAACAUACAAACCAACUACUUCCGGUCUCGGUGCACAAUGCGCCCGUUACGACUGUUGCGCCCGUCGAAAUUACACCGGGCGCCCGUUUGCCCCGGGCGCCGCUCGAGAUCGUUCGGGCACCCAGGUUGUCGGCGGGUGCUCCCGAGCCGCGAAUGGCGCCGCUUGCAGCGCCACAAAUGCUUAGGGGCGCUGGUCCGCGGGUGCUCACUGACCCGAGCUUUCGGCAACGCCAUCCUUACCCUCCACGUGUGCCAUUGACGGGUGCGGUCCUGGGCGCCUCACAGAUGGAAAUGUCCGUAGCUCAAGGAGACCCUUCACGCCGAGACCCUGCACAGCAAGUGAACCUAACGCAACUGACAGGGCCUGACGCGCUGAAGGCAUCAUCGCAGCAUCCGCCGACAUCAGAAAUGGCCCAUGUUGCGCCGGAAGGUCAUAUACAGCCGACAAUGCAUAACGUUAUACCGGGAACAUUCCUUUCACGCCCGGAAAUGGUGGAUGCAGCCACGGAAGUGAGCGAAACACGAUUGGCUAGGCUGGACGCGCUGCGAGUCAAAGCCGAUCAUGUCUCUGAAGCGACACAGACAAUGCCUGAGAUGCAGCAGAAAACAUUUGAGCAGCCACCAUCUGCGGAAACGCUCAAUACUGGCCCAGAAGUGCGUUACACACAGCCUACUAACUGUAAUGUGGUGCCAAAUGAAGCCCAGCAAUUAGGGUCUGUGGAAGUCGCUCAGCAUCCGCCAUCAUCGGUAGUUGCUAACGAAGCGCCAAAGUGCCUCGAAGGGCAGCCUAUUAGGCCUAACGCACUACCGGUUAGACCUGAGCAUAUGCCGUCCGCGGCGUUGGUCAGUGAAACACCCGAACUGAGCAGAGCACAACUCCCGAAGCCUGACGCGCUGCCGGUAACAGUCCAGCACCCGUCGCCUAAAGAAGUAGACAAAGUUGUUGUGGCACAUCCGCCAGGCCUUGCCAACAUCAAUGACAAUUCGCCACCGGAAAGCGAGCACGUGACUGCUCUCAAACAAAACGAGACAAUUGGUUGUGCUUCGCCCGAGCACGGAGCCGGCACAGAAGCCACCGACCUGAAGCUGACAACGAAGCUGAUGUCAGCCAGCGAAAGUGACAUAGAUCGCGCGCACAUUCACUGCUCAGCAAGCGACGCGGCUGCUGCCGCGAGGACAUCGGCUGCAGAGAAUCAGCACCAAAUUCCACGCCGAGAAAUAGGAGCUCCUUCAUCGCACCUGCCACAAGACGAUGGAAAGCUGAAACAGCACUCGCAACAGAAGGAACCUUUAGAAAAAGAAACUGGGCAUGGAAAUAUUGCUGCACCAACCGAGGCUAAUACCGUAGCUACUGCCAUGAUAAGCUCUGCUGUCGAUGUUCCAGAAUCGCGGCUUUCACUUGCUCAGCAGAGCCAACACACCUCAGCUGCCACCUUUCAUGGCGAUGACCGAAGUACACAAAGCCAACAAGCUGAAAUUGUACAAACUGGGCUUUCUUCACAAGUAAGCCCCGACUCUGCUGGACCAAAGAGCUCUUGUGCUUCGCUACCCCCAGAAAUUGGUACACUUUCAGACAUGAUGAAUACCAUCGUGGCCGAAAUUCCGUGUGAGACAGGCACUGCACAAAAUCAUGCGAGUGCAUCUCACUUGCCCUUGCACUCCGAAGAGCCGCGAAGGAACUCUUGUGUUGCGCUACCGGGAGAAAUUGGUACAAUUUACGACGUGAUCAAUGCCGUCGUUUCCGAAAUUUCGCGUAUAACCGACAUAGCACAAGAUGAAGCGAGCACGUCUGAUUUGCCCUUGCACUCUAAGGAGCCAUCACGGGGAAAGGAAGCGGAUAAAGAGUUCCACUCUUUCGUCGCUUCAGCGCUCACCGCAACUGCUGCGGCACCUUCUCCCGCAGCACCAUCACCUGUCGCAUGCAGGUUAGUGUUGGCGGCCGACAAACGGCAUCCACCUGAAACACCCGUCACGACACACGGAGAGAAAGAGGCCCAGCAAUCGAGUCCGACCGGAGCGAGCGACGAGCGAGGCAAGAGUCGGCUGACCGGAGCGACUGCCUGUGAACCAAUGGAAUUGCCGACGCCAGACAUUGAGCUUGCCCCGCGAAAGGAAGCCUCCGCAGAAGACCAAACUGUCUAUGCACAGCCCGAAACGCGGCCGCUUGUCGCGUCCUACCAUCAAGACAAAGGCCGGAGGAGCACAGGAGUUCUCUCACCAGCCUCGCCACCUGAGCUUCCUGAGACGCACGGUGCGAAAGCUCCGGUCCAGCAAUUGAGUCCGACGGUAGCGAGCGACGAGCCAGACGAGAGUCGGCUGGCCGGAACGACUGGCUGUGAUCCGAGAGUGUCGGCGUCAGACGCCUGCAUCGCGCUUGCCCCACAAAAAGAAGCCUCUAAGGAAGUAUUAAACGCCCAUGCAGAGCCUGAAACGCGGCUGCUUGUCGCGUCCUACCAUCAAGACAAAGGCCGAAGGAGCACAGGUGUUCUCUCACCUGCCUCGCCACCUGAAACGCGCCCUACAGCCAGAGCUAAAGCGCCAUCUGACAAGUCACCUGCAACAAGCCCAGUAACGUCAUCAAAAGAGGGCGAAACUGACACGAAUAGACCAAAGACGAAGGCGCGCACUCUUCGACCCCUCCUAGCGUCAUUUGGACACGGUGCCGGAUCAGCGUCGAGGUCAUUGUCGCGCACAGCGUCACCUAAUUACGGUUCCUUGUCGCCGGGUAUUGUUUCACCGGGAUCACCAUUUUCCCCAGCUUCAAACGAAGGAAGCGUUAAAACGAAAUUUCUGUAUAGAGAACUGCUCGCCGCGGUAAGUCCUGACGCAGAUGCAGGUUUCAAGAUAGCGCAGUCCACGAUGUCGCCAAGUCCUGGCAUGUCCUUGGUAAAUUUACCUUAUGAAGCCGCAUUGUCACCAAAUGUUCUGAGUGGCAGUUCUUCGCCACAUGCAUCGAGGGCUUAUGCCACGAGUCUCUCCGGCAAAGUGCCCAUUUACAGACCGUUAGUAGCUGCUGUAGGACGACCUCGUAGCACCACUACACCUGCUUCGUCCCCUCAAUCACACGAGCAUGAACAAUUUGUAACAGAGCGCCGCGAACUUCAGAGCCCUUCGUCGAAAUCUGAGACCAAGGCAAACAACGUUAAGGAAUCUUCGGUGAAAACAUUGCAAGCGGAACGUGCUGAAAUGGGCAAGAUUGAAACUAAGAAGACUUCUGGGAAAUCUUCACCGGUAGGACACACCAAUGAGAGCAAAACUCCAGCCAAAGCUCCACCACCUAAGGAGUCUUCGGUCAAAGCAGUACCAGCAGGACCCACCAGUAAGAAUAAAACUGCACCUAAGGAGCCUUCGGUGGAAGCAGUAGGGACAGGCCGCACCAGUACAAGCGAAACUCCACCACCUAAGGAGUCUUCGCCGAAAGCAACAGUAGCGGGACACACCAUUGGAAACAAAACUCUGCCACCCAAAGAGCCUCCGGUGAAAGCAGUACCGGCAGGACUCGCCAUUGCGAGCAAAACUCCACCUAAGGAGUCUUCGGUCGGACACACUAAUGCGAAUAAAGCUCCCGACAGUAACUUGUCGGAAAUUCCAGGUCGCGCUGACAAAUUCCCGGAGAAGCGACUGGCUUCAGAAGAGUUGAAGAGCGGUGCUUACAAAGACGUCCCUGAGGGGCGCACCAGCAUGUCAGAGACAACGCAGCAGAGUUGUAGGACGCGAGCGAGCUCCGCUAGUGUCACCACUUACAGGACUACAGAUAACAGCAUGACUUCAACAAAGAAUGAAAACGUAGAUCCUACAGAAACGUCGAAAAGUUACGAUCAGAAAAGUGUGAUUGAAGGCGAAGCAAAGCUUGCCAAGUUCUUUUUGCCGAAAGACGUGGAUCCCGCAAGGGCAGGCAGCGCUACACCAUGCUCAGCGUCAGUGCCUCACAUGGAAGCACAGAAAGAGCAAGGGUCUUCGUAUAGAGAGAGUUCGGAGAAAGAUGAAAAAUGUCGCAAGCCAUCAGCGGCGGAGCGUCCCGUGGGCCCCAACAUGGUGCUUGGGCCAAAUUCGAAACCAGUUGCCGGAACGCAAAUGUCGCAACAAGUAAUUGGGAGGCCGCCCGGAAGGGAGGCCCAAAACAUUUUUCUGUUUGCCGGGUCGGAAGGGGAAGCCAGGCUUCCUAAAUUAUUUCCGGCAGCGGCAGUCUCCAAAGAAGAGGAAAACCAGAAACCCAGUUCACCACAAACCACCGGAACACCACAAAUCAAGCCUUCUGAAAAAGCACCAUCGUCGGCAUCCGUAACGCCUGCGCACGGUGCUCAACCUCCGAAAGCGUCUGCACAUUUAAGCCAACCAGGGAUGAGCGGGGCUGGUGAGGCAUUGCCGCACCUAAAGAAUAAGCAUGGCGCAGCUGAGCCCUCGGCGGAAGCUUCUAUGGUUAAGCUGUCUGAAAUCCGAGAAGGCGACGACAAUGAGUUCGAGUUUCCGGCGUACAGACAGUACACUGCAAUGUUUCAAUCCCCUCAACCCGCCGAAGUCAUGUCGCCACCUGCGUCUUGGGAACAAGGCGAGCUGAAGAAAAAGAAAAAGCACAAAUCCAAGAAGCGCAAGGGCGCUGACGUUGCUGGAAUGGGACCGGAAGGCAGAAAGACGGAAGAGCCGAGUCCACAGACGAAUGCGGCGGGAGCUGUGGGUGCAGCACCGGAAGGGAACAGCCAGGCACCACACGCCAUGGAGCACGACCAGGAUUACGGUUACACGUCGUGCUGCCUGAUGCUUCUGUUUGUGUUGGCCGUGAUGCUUCUAGUGCUAGGGCUCGCUCACGUGGUCGACAUUACUUGGUCCACGGUUGCGCUGAAUAUCACCGUCACGGAGGCGACUAGGGCCAGUUCUGUGGCCGCCGCCGGCCUCUUGUUCUGCUCGUCCGAACUCUGCAACCGCGAAGCAGACUACAUCAAAUCCCUCCUGGAGGGCAGCACCGCGGGGCCGUGCGAGAAUUUCUACGAUCACGUGUGCGGGUCCUGGGCUACGGCGCACCCGCUGGGCAAGAACAAGGGCACCGGCGCUAUGGUAUCGACCGACACCAUCAUUCAAGAUCAGCUGGUCGCCAGUCUUCUGGCGCUGCUGCCGUCGAACCAGGAGUCUGACGUCAGCUUGGCCGUGUCUCUAUACAAUGCGUGCGCUGAUCGCAGCAAGGAAUCCUUAGCGACUGCGUCCGUGACGCGUCUCCUCAGCUCUUGGGCGAUAAAGCAGUGGCCGAGAGAAGCUGCUGCCACUACGCGAGAAUCGUGGACCUUUGCCGGUGAAAUUAUGCGAGACCUAGGCUUAGCCACAUUCCUUGAUAUGGUAAACGGUGCGGGUCCCGGUGAGGCUACUGUCGUCGAACUGAGCAAACCUAAGCACGUCUUCUCGUGCAACGACGCUUUAAGACCCUCUGUGGUGAUGCAGUUCCGCGACGCUGUGAGCGACAUCGCCUCCGCGUUUAGCGAAAGCCCGGACACAGCGCUUAUCGACGAAAUUAUGACUGUGUUCAUUCGUCUCGCUUCGAGCCCGCGAGAGCCUAGCGUCGCUGAGCUCGAAGAACUCAAGUUCGGCGGCUACGUCGUGGUUAAACUUUCCGAAGUAGACGCGGCGAUCAGCGACUUUUUGCGCGUGGCGUUCGACAGUGCCUCUAUGUUCGAUACGACGACGACCGUGAAACUAAAGUCAUCCCGAUACGUCCGGAACUACCUUCCCGCUGCGCUGCGCGAACUUCCUGCCAGGGCUGUUAUGAACUACGAAGCUUUCCUCGCGCUCGUACGGUUAGCCCCCUUCCUACCGGAAAAGCACUCAGCAUUGCGCCAGCUGUUCUUCAUGGAUCUCCGCGGCAGGACACUCGCCGACGCCGCAGACUCCAGGACGCUGUGCUUAAUGGCUGUGGAGACCGUACUGCCUUCCUGCCUCGUCAAACUCUCGGCGAGCCUGUUCCGUACGGACGACGAGCGUGGGCUUAUUGCAGACAGGCUGGCGCAUUUGGAGAACGUUUUCAGCCGCCGCAUCUCUAACCUGGCCUGGAUAAGCGAGUACGAGGCGCUCGUCCACCGCUAUCAGCUCAAGCGACGGCGAGUGGCAUUCUUCGGACACGGGAACGAGUCUUGCGUGGACGCCUCCACCGCAGCCGGCUACCCGGCGGAAAAGCCCGCUGAGUUCUACCACGCCGUCGCACGUUCCCAGCAGCGGGCGAAGCUACAAGCCAAGAACGCCAGCAGCCUUCCACCCACCCUGUUGUCUCCAAUGCGUACGCAUGCCAGCUACGACGCGUCGAGACGGCGCGUGCCUGUUCCCGUCGCGCUGUUCAACGCAUCGGUGCCCAGUAAUGACAGCCUGUUCACGCUGCACCUGUCCCGCUACGCUGUGCGCUUCUACCACGCACUGGUCGAGAGGCUGUUUGACGCCGCCUUCGAAAGCGAUUCGCUAGGUUCCGCAGACGACCUUCAGAGGCGCCUGGAGCUUCUCCUGAACUGCUUCGAGGAAGACCUCGGGCAGCUGCCGCGUAUCCUCCGACGCCCAACGCCGCCGCCCGACCCUGCGCUGUCCAGGGGCGCAGUGCUCGAGCAGACGGUGGCACUGCAGAUUGCAUACGGCGCUUUCAAGGAACUGUUGGCGGUUCAGCAUUCUCAAGUCGCUGACCGCCGGUACGCGAAGCUCCCGGACAUGUCGUCCGAGCGUCUCUUCCUGGUGUACUAUGCUCUGGACAACUGCGAGACUAGCGACGAGGACUACCUGGAGCACGAGGGACACUUGCUGCCCGCCGCAUAUCGCGUCAACCUGCCGCUGCGCCACCUGGUGGAGUUCGCGCACGUCUUCGGCUGCAGCGCGGACUCGGAGGGCAUGACGCGGUUCCCGCUUGGCAGGCGCACCUCCUGCGCCGUUGUCCUGCCCGACUCGUGGACGAUGGGCGGCCAUCGCCGCUAGGUGGAGCCACCGACGCGUUGCAGGGUAGUGCGGCCCGAACGUCGUCGGCACGCACUUGGGGCACGCAUUAUACACGGCCAAAGAACCAGCGGCUGGACACUCGUAAUGCGAUGCCGAGGGCUUGUGCUUAUACGCUUACGAGACAAAACAUUGCGGAUAUACUUCGAGGCUUUAUUUCGACUCUGAACAGUCAGCCUGCUUUCUAAUUGAUAUUUCUCAACGCCUUUUUUUUUUCAGGCAAUUGUGUUUCCUGGUCGGUUGUGGUUGACACGCCAUGCACAUCUGGCCAGGGCCACCACUAUUGAUACUCUUCAAUCACUAUAGUUGUGUGUCUGUCAUUUCGCGUCUCGUUAACGCCGUUCCAGCGCUUCUCCCAUAUAAGUUGUUUUAAUCUUCUUCCCUGCCUCAAGAGACAUUGUGCGCUGCAUUGCAGAACGAUCACGCGCGAAGGUCAACUCGCGCGAUCUGGCAUAACAACGCCGCGAAUGCGUUUCCCUGAGUGAGCAUGGUGAACGCCGGCAUGAAUUGUAUGGGACUGUUGCUGAUAUUCCCGAUAUUCUUGUUCUUUCAGCGUG